AUGGUGAACGAGUUGGAUGAGCUGCCCGAGUUCAUGCCGGGCAGGCUGGAAGAAAUCUACGCGUGGCUGGCCGUGUGCGACGCCACUAGUGCAGCGGACAAGCCGUCAUUUCUCCCGCGCAUGCGGGUGGCGGAGCAGGGGGCGGAGAGGGCGCUGGGGGUGGUGGCGCAGGCGAACGCGGCGUGGCAGCUGUUCCUGCACGCGCACGUGCAACCCGACCCCUGGCUCCCCGAGUUUGACGUCUUCGCCACCAACAUACUGCAGGCAUGCUGGCGAAAGUACACAGACGACCACAGCCGUACGAUCCUUCCCAUAUCGUCCGACGGCUGUCCGAUCGACACCAGCAGCACCGUAGCUGCAGCAGAGAGAGAAGCUAGGGGCAUCGUGGUUGAGUGGCAGAAGGAAAGGGAGAAGGAAAAGGGGGAAAGAGGCAGGAGGGAACGCGGGAAGGAGAAGGGGAAAGAGAAGAAGAAGAGUAGGGGAAAGAGCAGGGAGAAGGAAAGAGAGGAGAAAUUGAAGGCGAGGGAAGAGAGAGCAGAGAGAGGGAGGGAAGAGAGAGGGGGGGACGAGGGAGGAAGGGAAGAGAGAGGAGGGGGUGGGUUCAGGAGGAGAAGAAGCCUUUCCGGCCCAGAGAAUAACACAGGAGGAGGGAAGGGACGCAAUAUAUGGGGGGGCGGGGGAGGAGCAGGACGAUCCCCUGGAAAGCUCGGGUUUUUCCGGUCCCGCCUUCUCUCUCUUCCCCUCCUUGCGCCGUCAAGUGCUGAAGACCCUCCUCUUGCUGCUGCUGCUGCUGCUGCUGCUGCUGGGGGAGGUGAUGGUGGUGCUGCUGUUGCUGGUAGUGGUGGUGGUGCUGCUGGUGGUGGCAGUGGCAGCGGUGCUGGUUUGACAAUCACUGUCCCGUCGUUCCGAUCGCGGUCCCCUCUGCCCCCCUUAACGCCCAAGACGCCCCGAACCGGCUCUGGGUCAGCUCUCAAGUCACCCAAGCAACAAACCGCUUGUGGUGCUGCUGCUGCUGGUGCUGGUGCUGGUGUUGGUCGCGCCGAGAUGCUUUUUGAGGCGCCUCAGAGUUCGCCCAAGCAGCGAACCGCACGGCCUGCUGCUGUUGGUCGCACAGUCAGUCUGGGUGUCACUGGGUAUGCCAAUGGCGAUGGCACUGGGAAUGGUAAUGGUGAUUGGGCUAGCAGAAGAAGAAGAGAAUCAAGUGGGGAAUUCGCCCCUGUUUUGAAGACUUCUGAUAGAGUCACACCUGCUGCUGCGACUGCUGUGCCUGCUGUGGGUGGUGGUGGCGGUGGUGGUGGUGUGGCAAUGGCAUGGCACAGGGGUGUAAUUGGAGCUAACAACCCUGCACAGGCACGUUAUUCUUCCAACCAGGGGCAGAGUAGUUUUUACGGGCAGAAUUCGGGGCAGAAUUCGGGGCAAAAUUACGGGCAGAGCUAUGGGCACAGUGACGGGCAGUAUGGGUGGGAGUAUGGGCAGAGUCAGCAGAGCCACCACUGCAGCCGCAGCAGCGAAAGCGGCACAGGCAGCAGGGACGGCAGUUGUGAUGGCGGUGGUAGCAACAUCAACAUCUGUGUCAUCAGUGGCAGUGAAACGGGGGAGAAUGGAGCAUCUUCUAUCUGGCGAACAACUAGUGUCCCUGCUGCUGCUCCUACUGCCGCCGCCGCUGCUGCUGCUGCUGCUGCUGGUGCCGUUGGUGCUGCUGCUGCUGGUGCCAUUGGUGCUGCUAGUGCUGGUGGUGCUGGUGCUGGUGGUGCCGUUGGUGCUCCUGCUGGUGCUGGUGGGAGGACCGGGGUCGCAACCCUUAAUGAUGAUGCAGAGGUGGCCGUGUAUUGCAGCAAGAGUGCAGGAGGUGCAAGAGCAAGGGAAGGAAGGCUCACAAAUGCUCAGAUUCCUCGCCUGAAUGCCCUGGAGCGGCUUGGUGAGUAUGAGAGGCUUGAUAUUCAGGGAAAGCUUGGCACGGCCUUGAAUGACAGUGCAAGGGAGGAGUCUGUGCCUUCUGCUCUCUGGCGGACAAUUAGUGUUCCUGCUGCUGUUGCUGCUGCUGCUGCUGCUGCUUCUAGUAGAGGUGGUAACAAGGAGGAGCAAAAGCACGAGAGGCUUUUAGUCCCAGAUAGUCUUGAGGCAGCCCGCAGUAAGUGGGGUGGUCGAAGAUUGUCAAUGCAAGGAGCUGGCAUUGCUGCUGCCACAACAGCUUUUGGAGCCGCUACUGCUGGGUCGUCUACUAACGAGUCUGCUCUUAACGAGUCAACGGCUUAUGCGUCGCUUUUUCAUGAGCCGGUUGUUAGGGAGGGGUGGCAAGUGCCAGCUGGCGCCCAUCCAUUGGAGAAAAAACGGUUGGGGCAGCGGUGGGCUGAUUUUGGCUCUUGGGAAGGUGAGAGUAUUGCAACUGCUGCUGUUGCUGCAUCAAGCCAUACCACUACAGGCAACACCGGCACAAGCACCACCACUGGUGUGAGCAACAAAAGCAGCAGCAGCAGCAACACGCGGCUAGUGGCCGCUAACGCUGCUGCUCGGGUGAACCGAAGGUGGAACUCAGCUGCAGUGGAACGCCGGCCGUCUCGAGAACAAAGGGAGGGCGUUUCUGGUAGUACUGCUGCUGCUGCUGCAGCUGCCCCUGCGGCUGGUGGUGGUGGGGUUGGGGGUGGGGGAGGGGGUGCUGGUGCUGGUGGCGCUGCUGCUGCUGGGGGUGGGGGAGGGAGUGGUGCUGCAGCUGUCGUUGCAGGUCCUUCUGCGGCUUUUUUUCCGAGGGAUGUUUCUUUCGAAAGCAGCUUUUUGUUGCAGGGGAGCGAGAUGGCAUUUGGGUCGACUCAAAAGUCAUCUGCUGCUGUUUCACAGAGGGAUGAUGCUCCUUAUGAAAGCGCCAUCUUGUCACAGGGAAGCGUUUCUUCUUAUAGCAGUGGUGAGAGCGGCGGUGGCGAUGGGCAGAGGGGAAAACACUCAGACUGGCAGCAGCAGCAGCAGCAGCAGCAACAGCAGAGGCAUAUGCAACGGGGGCAGUGGCAGCAACAGCAUUCGGAAUGGCAGCAGGGAUUGUGGCAGCAGCAGCAAAAGCAGCAGGCGUUGGUGCAAUCUUUUGAGGCGCCUCAAAAGGCGUUGGAGCAAUCUCGACCACCUCUCUCCCCUCGAAGGGCCGUGAGUUCGAUUCAUGAGAGCAGAGACAGAAAACAGCAGCAGCACAGACAGGCAGAUGAGGUGAAUAAGACAGCUAAGAAUUCCCCCUCCCCUAAGUGGUCGGCCAGUUCGAUUCAUGAGAGCAGAGACAGAAGCAGGCAGCAGUACGGACAGGCUGAAGUGGCUUAUGAGUCGACUCAUAGACUUCCCUCCCCUAAGCGGUCGAUCAGUUCAAUUCAUGAGAGCAGAGACAGAAGCAGGCAGCAGUACGGACAGGCAGAGGAGGCUUCUGAGUUGCAUAGAAAGCUGUCCUCCCCCCGGAGAUCUGUGACUUCGCCUCAUGAGAGCAGAGACAGAAACCGGCAGCUGUAUGGACAGACAGAGGAGGCUUAUGAGUUGCAGCACAGGCAGUCAGAAGUGGCUUCUGAGUCGCGUAUUAGGCUGUCCUCCCCUAGGAGAUCUGUGACCUCGACUCACGAGAGCAGAGACAGAAACUGGCAGCAGUACGGACAAGCAGAGGUAGCUUUUGAGUCGACUCGGAAGGCUCCCUCUGUGUCGACUCGGAAGGCUCCUUCUCCCACGGCGUCUAGUAUGCGUUCUGUCAGCUCGAUUUAUGAAAGGGGAGACAGGAACUGGCAGCAGUACGGACAGGCAGAGCUGCAGGCAUGGCAGUGGCAGCACGCGGGAAUGCAGCAGCAUGAGGGGCAGCAGGAGGAGGUAAUGCAGCAGCAUGGGGGGCAGCAGGGUCAGGGUCAGCAAGAGCGGGCAAAACAGUACAAGCAGCUGCUGCUGAUGGGGCAGGGGGAGGGGAAGCAGCAGGGGCAGGGGCAGGGGCAGGGGUAUUUUGAGACGUCUCAAAACUCGAAUGGGGGGCAGCAAGGUCAGGGUCAGCAACAGUCGGCACAACAGCACAAGCAGCUGCUGCUGAUGGGGCAGGGGGAGGGGAAGCGGCAGGGGCAGGGGCGGGGAUAUGUACCUGAGGGGUUUUCUGCUGCAGUGGUGGCACAAAGAGAAAACCCCUCAAGUUUCUGCUCAGUUUCUGAGGCGCCUAUCCUUCCACCUCCUGUCUCUGCGUCUCCCUCUUUUUCUUCCUUUGUCUCCGUGAUUGCCUCUUCAUCUCUUGAGUCUGCUGCUGCGAUUGCCGCGCGAGCAGCAGCAGUUGUUGAUGCGCCAAUGGUUCCACCUCCUGUCUCCGCAUCUCCCUCCUUUUCAUCUUUUGUCUCCUCGUCUCCCGCUUUUUCUUCUGGUUCUGCUGCUGCAAUCGCCGCACGAGCAGCAGCAGUUGUUGAUGCGCCUAGGGUUCCCAAUCCCCCUUACAAUCGUCUCCCUCCCACGCCUGACCUCCAUCCCUCUUUCAAGUCGACUCGAGGCUCAUCUCACAGCAGUGGCCGGGAUCGUAGCAGAAAGCACCGCAAGUCCCUCAGCAUGACAUUCGACAGCAGCGGCCGUCCCGCCCCGAUCCACCCGAUCGACCCUCACACUUCCACUCCUGACAACAGCAAACCUUUCGACUCAGAGCGAAGCCAGUCGCGUGACACCUCUCGUGCUGCUCCUGUCGCAAGCAGAAAGCGCCGCAAGUCCUUUAGCAUGACAUUCGACAGCCGUGGCAGUGCCACUCCCACCGCAAACGACCCUCCCUCUCCCACGCCGGACUUGAAUCAGCCGGCAAAGUCGGUGCGAAGCUUGUCGCACAGCUGUCCCACGCCCCGUCGCACACACCGCAAGUCCCUGAGUAUGACACUUGACAGCCAGCCUUAUGAUAGCCAGCCUUAUGACAGCCAGCCUUAUGACUCAAAGCCAAGCCAAUCUCGUGACAGUCGCCAUGCCGCUCCCGUCGCAGGCAGAAGGCACCGCAAGUCACUGAGUAUGACAUUUGACAACCGCAGAGGCCUUUCCCCCGCAACUGAUACCCAAUCCCCCGCGUAUGACCUGCAUCCCGCUGUUGAUUCGACUCAAAUCUCGUCUCACCUCCGCGCUCCCGGUCCCACUAACCGCCGCCGCAACCUCCGCAAGUCCCUCAGUCUGUCAGCCCACAGCCAUGACAACACUCGCACCUCGAAUUACCCCGCCACUCCAUCCUCUAACAGCCGUGACAACACUCACACUCCAACUUCUGACGGGCGCCGAACGCCCUCCCGCGUGCGCUUCAAUGAUGAGGUGGACGUUCUGAUGUUCGCUGACGUGGCAGCCGCUGUUGCUGCCGCUGCUUCUGACCUGGCAACUGCUCCUCGUGACAUGGCAGUGGGCUCUAAUCAAUCUAGAAGCAAACAUGGGUACGCAGCACCAGGUUACUCUAUUGAGAGUGUGCUCGCAUGUGGUAGCGACUCAGAAGGAGGGGAAGGGGAGAUGGUAGAGGGGGAAAGGGAACUGAUCUCGAGUGUUUCUCUCCCUCCCCUCAGCUUCUCCCUGCUGCUGGCACAAGAGGAAACCAGCACUGCCGUCUCUUCACCCACCAGGUUUCCCCGCAGCAAGAGCCAGAACUAG